AUGAAUUAUGAAAAGAAAUUCCGUAUUUUACCUAAUUCGAUAGUUAAUGGAAAAAAUGAUCUAACGAAAAAUGUUAUCGAUAUUACUGGUGAUGAAAAACCUGUAUUUGAUAUAAAUUUUGGAAAACAUAAAAAAUAUUCUAUUGAUGAUUGUAUACCAUUAGCAUUUGGUGAUUUCAAUGCUGAUAAAGUUAUUGAUAUAUUUUGUCGAAAUACAAAAGGUGAUAGAAUACGAAUAAUGUUAAAUGAUGAUCGAUCACCAACAUCAAAAGAACAAUUCAAUAUAAAUAUAACUGGUAUUAUUUAUGAUGCAUUAGCAGCCGAUUUUAAUGGUGAUAGUAAACUUGAUUUAUUUGUACUAUAUAAAGAAAAAUUUGAUCAAACUGGUUAUAAUGGUGGAAUAUUUUGGGGUGAUAGAAUUAAAUUAAAUGUUUUACAACCACUUGAUUAUCUAUUUGAAAGUAUUCCAACAACUCUUGAUGCAAAUGGUGAUUCAUAUGUUGAAUUAUUAGGAAUGAUUAGUACGGAUAAAAAAAAUUUUAAACCAGCUUGUGUUUAUCUUAAAAAUAAUACUAGAUCAACCGUUGAAAUUUUACCUAAUAUUGAUAAUUUUCGUCCGAGUUCAACACAAGCUUCAGUUGAUCUUAGUCAUGAUCUUGUUGCUGAUUUAUUUUUAACAAUUCAAACUGAUAAAAAAAUAAAAUAUCGUAUAUAUGAAUUACCAAUAACAAAAUUAACAUUAAUUAAAGAAUAUGAUCCACCACCAGGUGUUGCUAUUUAUCAUUUAUCAGCAUUUGCUGAUAUAGAUGCCGAUGGUGAAUUAGAACAUAUUCUUCCUGUUUGUAUGGAUACUAGUUGUUCACAAAGUCGAAUUUAUGUUCGAGAUGAUGAUGCUUGGCAUCAAUUACCAAUUCAAUUUGGUAAUGGAAUACGAUUUCCUUUACAAAAUGAAUUUUCAGCACCAUUUAAUCAAAUACCAAUUAGUAUUAAAAUAGCUGAUUAUAAUCUUGAUGGUUAUCCAGAUAUGGUUACAGUGAUGAAUGAAAGUGUAUCCGGUACAAUAACUUCAAUUGUUCUUUUAAAUCAACCAUGUGAAGGAGGUUCAAAUUCACCAUGUACUUAUAAUCGAACAUUUAUACCACAAACACAUGAAAAAUUUGUCUUAGCAGCAACAAAUACUACAGUUGCUGCUUUUUUUGAUAUAUUAGAAAAUGUAUGUAAAAUAAAUAAAUAA